AUGUUUAUCCCUGCAGACCACAUUGUUAACGUCAGUAUAAUUAUACCAAUAACUGGACAAGCUUGUUAUUUGAUACCGAUCACAGCGAUGUUAAAAAUUCCUCAAUGUCAAUUUUUCUUUGUUGGUCAUCAUAAACAAAGGAGAUUUAUUUUUGACGGAAUUAGUAUUGGUAUGGCUACGGCAGCAGUGGGACUUGACACGGCCAAUGCUAUUCAGAUUGAAAACAUCAAAUCAAAAAUAAAUGAUUUAACUAAAAUGUUGUCCUAUUUGCAUCCAUGUGAUAUUACGAAAACAACCGGACACAGAUAA